ACUGCGCUCGGUUUGAGUUUGGACUCCCUCUCCUCCAACGCCUUUAAGUCCCUCCGACGUCAACUCCCAAUGACCCGCGCCAAAUUAGAGUGGACCAAGAUUGCCGCCUAUCAGGUUGGCGCUGAGAUCUCGCGCACAGGCUAG